CAUAUGACAAUAUGUCCCAGACCGGAAUGCUGGCUCGUACUUAAAAACGCGCCUGCUGCAGGAGUCGACGCUUCAAACUCGCUCCCCAGUCGACCCCAGCAUACAUGCAGGUUAACGUCGAUAACCGGCCCUUGUUGCCCUUUGUGCCCUAUGUAUUGCUGCAAUAUGGCCUUCUAGCUUGUCUUGUCGCCAUGCGCCUGCAGUCGCGCGGGCGAGUGAUCGCCUUCCUUACAUACGCCUCCAUCCUCAGUUCUGUUUUCCUGUACACCACCGGAGACGCACAAAUGAACUAUGCAACUGGCUGUACAGCAAUGGGGCACAUCUUGAUAGCAUUCCAUCUCCUCUGCCUAUCCGACCCCUUGAACGACUUCCGCCACGAACACGACAAGAUCCCUCCAAGGGAGAUGUCCUACGCACGUCGGGUGUAUUGGGCUUUUUGCGUCAUCUUCAAUUCUCGCGGAGUUGGCUCGACCUGUCAGAUUGCCAACGUCCCUCCGCGCUCGAGCGAGGGCAAGUGGACGUUCGUGCGCCAAAAGCUGCUGACCGCGUUCCGGUGGUUCCUCGUCGUCGACCUCACGCAGACAUACCACCGCGCCCACCCCCUGUUCUCUCGGCAAGCAGAGGACAUCUUCUCGCUUGCGACACAAGGCCACGUCCAGCGCUGCAUCAACAUCUUUGUGUGCCUCAGCAGCCUCGUCGCGCAUAUCGGCCUGCUAUACGCGCUGCCCGCCGCAAUUAUCGUCGCGCUGGGAAUCUCGGAGCCCAGGGACUGGCCGGACAUGUAUGGACGGUGGUCCGAUGCAUACACAGUGCGCCGCUUUUGGGGACGCACUUAUCACCAGUUGAUCAGACGGUUCACGGCGUCCAUCGGGAAGGCUGUCUGCCGCCUGCUCGGCCUGCGAACGGGCUCGCGCGCGUCGUCGAACACGCAGCUCUACGUCGGCUUUGCCGUCUCCGGGAUCAUGCACUGCGGCGGGGACCUCAUGGUGAGCCGCGCGCUGCCCGGGUUGUCGUUCCCGUUCUUCUUCGCGCAGGCCGUUGCGAUCUCACUCGAAGAUGCGGUCAUUCACGCGGGGAAGGGCAUUUUCGCGCCGAAGACGAAGGGCGCGCGAGCGGCGCUGCGGUGGGUGGGCUAUGCGUGGGUGUUUGCGUGGCUGAGCGUGUCGGCGCCGUUGCUUCUUAACUGGUGGAUACGCGCGGGUGUCAUCGAUGCGAGCAGCGUGCCGUUCUCGCUUAUCGGUGUCGUGGUGCCUGGGUUUGAGAAGGUGUUGGUGCGAUGGCUUGGUGGUAGUGCCAGCGUGUAAUGAUGGAAGGCGGCGAAUCGAGAAG